AUGGACGGAUGUUGGCCGGGAGUUGAAGGACUGCCGGAUGGACGGCGCGACGCGUCCACCUGCUGCUCCGAAAGUUCGACGACUGACUCUCACGUCGUGCCCCAACUGCGUGACAUGUGCAUCGUAAGGGAUUCGCGAAGCGAGGAGCUCGAGAUUAGUCGCGGUGUGACACAUGGGCCAUCGAGCGGUCGUCAAGACAGGGCAGAGCCGAACUUGCUCCCCGCUCUUCCCGGUCAACCGGUACAUCCUGUCUCGAUGACUGGAGGUGCUCGCGCAUUGCAGACGUGGUUUCGUACGUUGAAUCCUUUGCCCAACGGCAACGGACGCACGCUACCUCCGUAUUGUUAG